AAUUCGCCAUUUUGCAUUUUUCCACCUCUCAAAAAAUGAAAUUGAAACGCUUUCUUCUGCGUUAUUAUCCCCCAGGGAUUAUUCUUGAGUAUGAACAGAAAGGUGUCCUGAAGACAAAAUCAAUAGAUCUGCUGGACCUUCGGCCAGAGACUGAUGUAGAUGCUGUGGUUGAUGAAAUUGCCAGAAAAGAACCACUUGUCACCCCGAGCAAAACAGAACAGAUCCGGAAACUUAUAAUACGUUUACAGGAGAAACAGUUACAGCAAGAAGAGAGUAAUUUCUACUUGUUCAAGGUGCUGCGAGCUCACAUUCUUCCACUGACCAAUGUCGCCUUCAAUAAAUCGGGUACUAGUUUCAUUACUGGCAGUUAUGAUCGGACAUGUAAGGUAUGGGAGACGUCCUCUGGAGAAGAGCUACACACACUGGAGGGUCAUCGCAAUGUGGUUUAUGCAAUAACGUUCAACAAUCCUUAUGGAGAUAAAAUUGCAACUGGUUCUUUUGAUAAGACCGCCAAAUUAUGGAGCACCGAAACUGGAAAAUGUUACCACACAUACCGAGGUCAUGCUGCGGAAAUCGUGUGCCUGAGCUUCAACCCACAGAGCACCAUUCUUGCCACCGGGAGUAUGGACACAACGGCAAAGUUAUGGGAUGUUCAGACUGGUGCAGAGAUGUCGACAUUAAAUGGUCAUUCAGCUGAAAUCAUUUCAAUAGCCUUCAACACAAAUGGAACGCAAGUCAUUACUGGUUCAUUUGAUAACACAGUCUCAGUUUGGGAUGUUAACUCCGGAAAGAGGAUCCACACCUUGAUAGGCCACAAGGCUGAGAUCAGCAGUGCCCAGUUCAACUGGGAUUGUUCACUUAUAGCGACAGGUUCUAUGGAUAAAACUUGUAAACUAUGGGAUGCUUCAACCGGGAGAUGUUUGGGCACAUUGAAAGGUCACGAAGAUGAAGUUCUAGAUGUUGCAUUUGACUAUACCGGGCAGUACCUGCUGACAGCGUCUGCUGAUGGUACAGCCAGAUGUUAUAAUGCUGUGACCCAUCACCAGGAGUGCAAGAUGGAAGGACAUGAGGGAGAAAUUUCAAAGAUUACGUUCAACCCCCAGGGUACCAAGAUUCUGACGGCAAGUGCUGAUAAGACAGCACGGCUGUGGGACCCGGAGACUGGCGAAUGUAAACAGAUCUUGGAGGGACACACGGACGAGAUAUUCAGCUGCGCUUUUAAUUACGAGGGAUCAAUCAUCAUUACUGGUAGCAAAGAUAACACUUGUCGUAUUUGGAGAUGAAGCACCAAACUUGUGCCAUAGUUCAGUCAUAUGUCAAUAGGUGUCCCCCUGCAUUGCAACGCCAUUAUCAGUAUGGAAGAUACAGCUCUGCGGCACACACCACAGAUGUUCAUGUAACUUUGUGGUCAAGGACAAGGCCGAAGCUAAAUUGAUUGGACUUUCCAUGUGUUGGCCAUUCGUACUUCUCGAAAUUUAUGAUAGUAGAUUGAUGUCAGUGUGAAGGAUUACCCAAACAUCUUGCAUUAUGGAGAACAAAAAUGAGUUGAUUGCAAAAUUCCUCGAAUUCAAUCACAGCAUUAUGACAUGUGUUUAGGUGCCUCCCUCUCUGUCCAAAAAAGGAACAAGUUAUGACUGUUAGACAACUUGUCACAGGUUUUCUGAUUGGUUCAGUCUCAUCAGAGCUGGAGUUCUGGCCAAUCAAAACUAACAUCAGUUACAUCUUGACUAGUUACUGUUUUCGUAACUCGUUCCUGCUUAUUGGUAGGUAAAGGUUACACACUGUUCGUAGAUAUUUUUGGCUCACCGUAAGGGGAGUCUAUACGAUAGCGCUGUGUCCGUCGUCGUCGUCGUCGUCGUCGUCGUCGUCGUCGUCGUCGUCGUCGUCGUCUUAUCCUAACAGUGGCACGUUUCUUAACUGCUAGGGCUAUGAACUUGAAACUUUGUACACAGAAUGCCCUAGGUCAGCUGACCUCUGACACUGAUUUUCGGUCCGAUCUGAUUCUCUGUUUGGCCACCAGGGGGCCAAAUGUCGAUAUCUAAAAAGUGUGAUAUCUCGCUUAUUAGUGACUUGUUUUCGAUAAAAUUUUUAUGGUAGGUACUCUUAGGAAGAAUACAUCACAUAUCUUACGGGUUUUCAAUUUGACCUACUUUUCAAGGUCACAGAGGUCAUAUGGCGUAAAUUGGCCGUUAGAGUGUAAACUAUGGCACGUUUCUUAACCACUAAAGCUAUGAACUUGAAACUUGGUACAUAUAACCCCCUAUAUCACAUAGCCUCUGGUGCUGAAUUUCAGUUUGAUCUGAUUCUCAACUUUGCCACCAGGGGGCCAAAAGUGGAUAUCUGAAAAGUGUGAUAUCUCGCUUAUAAGUGACUUGUUUUCGAUAAAAUUUUUAUGGUAGGUACUCUUAGGAAGAAUACAUCACAUGUCUUACGGGUUUUCAAUUUGACCUACUUUUCAAGGUCACAGAGGUCAUAUGGCGUAAAUUGGCCGUUAGAGUGUAAACUAUGGCACGUUUCUUAACCAGUAAAGCUAUGAACUUGAAACUUGGUGCAUAUAACCCCCUACAUCAGAUAACCUUUGAUGCCGAAUUUAGGCCUGAUCUGAUUCUUUAUUCGGCCACCAGGGGGCCAUAAUGGAAAAAGGAAGAAGUGCAAUAUCUUGCUUAUUUGAGUGAAUUGUUUUCGAUAAAAUUUUUAUGGCAGGGACUUCUAGCAAGGAUACACCACAUGUCCUACGAUUUUUGGAUUUGACCUCCUUUUCUAGGUCACAGAGGUCAAAUGGCGUAAAUUGGCCAUUAGAGUGUAACUAUGGCACGUUUCUUAACUGCUGAAGCUAUGAACUUGAAAGUUGGUACAUGUAACCCCCUACAUCAGAUAAUCUCUGACACCGAAUUUUGGCCUGAUCUGAUUCUUGAUUUGGCCACCAGGGAGUCAAAACUGAAAAAGUAGGACAUGCAAUAUCUCGCUUAUUAAUGACUUUUUUUCGAUGAAUUUUUUAUUGCAGGGACUCUUAGCAAUCACACGAUAUUGAUCUUGUUGAUGUCAUAGACAAUUAUUGGUUGGAUCAUAAACUUAUAUAUACUGCCCUGUCUUAUUACUUGACAUCAAUACACAUCUAAAAAAAGUCUUCAUGCCUGAUUGUGUUCACCAUAUUCACCUCUAAACUAAGCAUGAUCCUGCCUACUAAAAGAUGUAUACGGUGAGCACAAUGGCCCCUGGCCGUUUCAUUGAUAAGUGGCUUGAUGUGUUCUGCUGAUUACCAUACUGUACAUUCCGAAAACUUUAGCUUGCACAGUUGUUGUCCAAAAUCUGCACGCACAAACAGAAUUAUGUGGGGUCAUUCAGAAUUGUCAAUUAUACAUGUAGCAGUUGUUUAUAUAAUUUCAUUUUAGUUCAGAGUUAAACAUCCGUCCUUUUAUGGUAGACCAACUGCUGGUAAUUUACUGCUUAUUUUCAUACACAUACAUGUAUACCGAAGACUAAUGUGUAACGUCACUUCUAAGAUUCUUUAUUUAUUAAGUUCAGAGUUAAACAUCCGUCCUUUUAUGGUAGACCAACUGCUGGUAAUUUACUGCUUAUUUUCAUAUACAUACAUGUAACACGAAGACUAAUGUGUAACGUCACUUCUAAGAUUCUUUAUUUAUUAAGUUCAGGGUGAACUCCGUCCUAUUGCUAGUGCUGCUGUUGAUUUUCUGCUGAUUCCAUUAUAUAACCUAGACAAAUAAAUCUAAAUCUGCUGAAAGGAACCUAAAACAUUUGCUGGUUUACAAUUGUUCAAUAAGAUUAUCUGUGUUUAUGAUUUAGAUGUCACGUCUGCUUUAUAAACUGCUGCAUGAUCUCGUCCUUGCCUGUAGCUUUAGCUGUUAACGUGUAUUGUGAAUUUUCUAACUAUGAUGUGUGUGUGUGCUUAGUUCAAGGUUUUAACCCCAUGUGCACCAAGUUUGCUGCAUGUUGUCUUAAAAUCAAGGAAAAUUAGAAAUUAGAAAGCAAGUAGUCUUUCUGUAUGGUGAAGUGUUUUCUCCGUAUUAAUCUGUAUAUGGAAUAGAAACAAACAUUCUCAGUCAAAGAACGUUGGCAGUUUUGAUUGUGCAUUAUGAGUUUGUCCUUAUUUUCUUUUACACAUAGUUAACAUUUAGUGCUGUGCAUGUUAGGUACACAUAUUACUUCAUUCUGAGAAAGAUGCAUUCCAACUUCCAGAUGUGUCCAUGUUGAGGUAGAUUUUGACACAAACAUGUCCUUAUUUUCAAAAUA